CCAGGAAGCCAAAGUUACAAAAGGAGAGCCAGUGACCCAAAUACCUGGAGUAUAUAGGGAACAGCCUCUGGGGGAAGGGCAGCCCAGCCCCUGGGCUGGAGAGUUCCGGGUAGAGGGUGGGAUAUGCCAGCCAUACCCUGUAUGAGGUAGAGACUGGAGGAUGCUUAGAGACCUGGAGGCCAGGUCUGCUUUGAUAUGUUAAGUAGGCAUCUCCUCUGCUUGCCCUGGAUUGAAACUUAACACCCAGCAGGUGGGAAGGUAGCCACUGGGCUGGGCUUAAUGGAACCUCUGCGCCACAAGAAGGAGGGAGGGUUUAUCUUUAUCUGUGUUUUGAGGAUGUUGUUAUGAAAGCCCUCACCUACUACUAGAAGCAGAUAGGGAGGUUCUGAGAUGGGGUGUCAGAGUCUAAUCAUAGCCCCAGGCGCUUGUAUCUGCUAAGGGCAAUGUGCCUAUGUCAGGCGUCCCAAGCCAGCCAUCCCUGCCUGAUCUAUCAUCUGUUAUAGGCCUUGGGGGUGGGGGUGGGAGGUCUCAGUUUCUGACCCAGUAACCGAGGAAGGAGGAGGAGAUUUAAAAAGCUGAGGAUCCAAGGAGCUGCCUCAGCGAGGGCUGGAGCUGUCUGGGUACAGCAAGCUAGGUAAGACUCAGGAAGAAUUGCUCCAGAGACAGUUGGAGUGUCUUAGGCACCCUACCAUUGUUGUGAAGAGACGCCAUGACCAUGGCGACCAACUCUUGGCAAAGAAAGCAUUUAAUUGGAGGCUUUCCUAUGGUUUCAGAGGUUAGUCCAUGAUCAAUGAUCAUCAUGGUGGGGACAUACAUGCAGGCACGGUAAUGGUGACAGAGGGGAGAGUUCUACAUUCUGAAAGAGACCCUAGCCUUGGCAUGUGCUUUUGAAACCUCAAAGCCCACCCCUGUGACACACUUCCUUCAAGAAGGCCACACCUCCGGAUCCUAAUCUUAGAAUAACACCGCUCCCUGGUGACUAAGCAUUCAAAUGCAUGCGCCUUUGGGAGCCAUUCUUAUUCAAACCACCACAUGGUUUGGUUCAUGGCUUGGUGGGAGGCAGAGUUGGGGCUUGGGUAGCCCGAGGUAUAGGAGCUGAAGAGCGUGAAUGCCCACUGCUUGGAAUACUUCCCCAUGCACUUCCGCCUGGAGCAGUCUGUCAGACUAGUUCAUCUAGCUUCCCUGGCUUAGCGCUGGGCAGUGCCUAUAGUGUGGUUGGGUGGAGAGCGGGGAUUUAGGGUAGAGGUUGGGCCAGCCCUGGGGAGCAUGAACCUGGAAAGGAAGACAACCGGGCGAACAGUAUACAUACACACUGCCUACGCAGACACAGGGAAGACAGUCUCAGAGAAGGAGGGGCUGGACAGACAGGGCAUGAGACAUACCACCUCGGGACUGGCAAGGAUGCAGAGGAGCCCGCAUCAACAAUAGUGGGCACUUGCAAAUGUAUUUAGGAGGCAUCACCAGCCUCACCUCAUUUGCUCCACACCCCAAGUGUUUCAAGUUCAGGGAGAAUGACAGUACCUGACCACGCCCGUUCCUAGGAUAUUUGGCUAUGUGGUCUAGCCCAGCCCCUGACCCUACUGGGGCUUCCUCAGAAGGAUCUAAAACUGCCCUGGACCCCUCCCCCAGGCAAGAGGGGGAUGGGCAGUUGGGUUAAAGACCUUUCUCUCCUCCACGAUAGUCCAUGAUCUCCAUGGACACUGGUGGGCAGGGCCAGACUAUGCAGUGGCCAUGUCCCACUUGGCUCCAGCAGCCUGGGCAGACACCCUUCACAAGUCCAUGCUAGGAUAUCUCUGUGAUUGAACAGCCAAUCACUGGCACAUGCUCAGACUCGCAUGUACCUACGUCUAUGCCCACGCCACCACGCCUGUCUGUAGGCCCGCCUGUGGGCCCGCCCGGGGCCUGAUUCUAGGUCAGGUCUGGACACAACUUCACUGGAAGAGUGGUGGCAGGUGCCGCUGGGCAGCCUCUGAGCUGUGGCGAAGCCUAAGCCGGAAUCAGCGAGUAAACGGGCAGGUGUUGGUGCAACUGCUGUGGGCACUGAAGGGUGUGGCGGCUCCCGAGUCUGAGGCCCUGGCAGCCACUCGCGCUCUUGGAGAGAUGUUGGCCGUCUCUGGCUGCGUGGGAGCCACUCGAGGCUUCUACCCUCACCUGCUGUUAGCACUGGUCACACAGCUGCAUGAGCUGGCUCAAGGUGCUCAUUCCCCCGACAGCCCUAAGGUUUGGGAGCCUUCCCACCGAGGGCCACCUCACAGCCACGCCAGCUGCACAGUGGAGGCCUUAAAGGCCCUGCUCACAGGGGAUGGUGGCCGAAUGGUGGUCACAUGUAUGGAGCAAGCAGGAGGCUGGAGGAGACUGGUAGGAGCCCACACACACCUGGAGGGUGUCCUGCUGCUGGCCAGUGCCAUGGUGGCACAUGCUGAUCACCAUCUCCGAGGCCUUUUUGCGGACUUGCUCCCUCGGCUACGAAGUGCCAACAACCCGCAACGCCUCACCGCUAUGGCCUUCUUUACUGGGCUGUUACAGAGUCAGUCUACUGCACGUCUCUUACGUGAGGAAGUCAUCCUGGAGCGCCUUCGAACUUGGCAGGGUGACCCAGAGCCCACCGUGCGCUGGCUAGGCCUACUUGCCCUUGGCAACCUUGCAAUGAAUCGUGGGAAGAUAAGGCAUGUGAACAUGUUGCUGCCAGUACUCCUAAGAGCACUGGGCGAAGGUGAUGUGCGGCUCGUGGGCGCUGCACUUGGCGCACUGCGGAGACUACUGCUGCAGCCCGGAGCACCCGUGAGACUCCUCAGCUCCGAGCUUCGACCACGUCUCCCACCGCUACUGGACGAUGCUCGCGACUCGGUCCGCGCUUCGGCAGUGGGACUCCUUGGAACACUGGUGCGGCGGGGCCAGCGGGGGCUCCGGCUGGGGCUUCGGGGACCCCUGCGGAAACUGGUGCUGCAGAGUCUGGUGCCCCUGUUGCUGCGCCUACAUGACUCGAGUCAGGACGCUGCUGAGAGCUCUGAGUGGACACUAGCCCGCUGCGAUCAGGCCCUUCGAUGGGGCCUGCUGGAGGAGAUGGUAACUGUGGCUCACUACGACAGCCCUGAGGCUCUCAGCCGCGUCUGCCACCGCCUGGUUCAGCGAUAUCCAAGCCAUGUUCAAUACUUCCUGAGUCAGACCCAGGGUUACCUGCGGAGCCCACAGGAUACCUUGCGUAGGGCAGCCACUGUGCUAAUAGGUUUCCUGGUCUAUCAUACGAGGCCCAAAGGAAUCAGUCAGGACCUGUUGGACUCUCUGUUCCAGGACCUAGGACAGCUGCAGGGCGACCCGGAGUCUGCGGUUUCCUCGGCAGCGCACGUGUCUGCCCAGCAGGUGGCGCUGCUUGCCCGGGCGCAGGUCCAGACACGCAGCCCCAACCUCUUCCGCUUCAUCCGCCGCCACCAUUCAUACCCUCCAAGGCCCCAUCCACUCUAUGACGAUAGUCCGUUCCUACGCCGGAGCCUUGCAGGCCGAUGGAGCUGUCUUGAACCUCAUUGAGCCAGGCCCGGUAUCCAGAUUUGUGGGCGCUAUCAACGCUGUCGCCAGCCCCCACUAUAGCAGAUCUGCAGAAGAGACCUUACUUGAAGGGUCGCUGUGGGCCUGGUGCUGGCCACUGGUGCCCCUCGCCCUGUAACUAUUUUCUAUGGGCCCACGACGUGAAAACUGCGUUGCGGAUGGCACAUUCUACCUCAAGUGCCUUUUAUAGUCUUGGUCUAUUUAUUCUUUGCCAGGCCAGUCUGUCCACUUCUGGAGUGUGCCCUUCCUAGGACUAGUCAGCCAGAGUCCUAUCUGUCAUGGCCUUCCUAGUUACAUCAGUAAUCCAGCCCUCCUGGUUCAUCCUACCUCUCUUCCCUACAGCUGUUCUAGCUUAAUGUGCCCUUUAUUCAAGAGGCAUUGGCCUGUUCUCCUGUCUGUCCCUACUCCUUUGGAUAACCAAUCCAUUUCCUAUCCCCACUCUUGUCAGAGCCCACUCAUCUAAUGGUGUUUUCUAGAAGGUAUCUCUAACAUCCGUUCAUGCUGGAGAGCCCAAGCCAGGAUUGCACCCCUGGGUUGAAGUAUGGAAGCAAGCACUCCACACCCACCAGACUGUGAAUGGGUAUGUCAUUACCCAACGCCUUGUGGAUGGCGUAGCUGGAUAGACAGGAAGAGUCGGCCACAGGGGUGACCCCACCUCUCCAGGCACUGGCAGAGGCAGCUUCCUCCACACAGAAUGGUUACCAUGGCUUCAGGGAGGCCUGCUCACAAACACAGGGUAUGCACCAUGUAGUGAUGAGUUGGGGGGGGGGGCUGUUUCCCCCACACUGGGGUCUCCUGGGGACAAGCAUGGGGUCCUGUCUUACAUUUGCUUCCCUAGCACCUACAUGGAAGGUAUUUAAAAUCAGCAUGACAACAUGGCAGGGCUUGAACGUCUGGCUGAGAAACUGGUUGUGAUGAGCUGGGCCUGGCACAAGGUCUAGCUUGGCUAGAGAUGAGCAAACCAGUAUGCAGCAAGACCAAAGUCAGGCUAGGGCGAUGGAUGGUUCAGUGAUUCAGGGCACCUGUCUGUCUUGCAGAGGAUGUCUUGCAGAGGACAGGAUUCUACUCCAUGUAUCCACAAGGUGGCUAGCAACUCUCUAUAACUCCAGUUCUAGGGAGCCUGAGGCCCUCUUUUGGCUUCCACAGGUAGUACAUGCAUGUGGUGCAUAGACAUUUAGGCAAAAUACACAUAAAAUAAAAAUACGGAUAAAAUAAAAAUACUCCCUCCCUGCCUGUUAAGGACUAAUAUCAGCCUGAGGGCAGGACUCAAAUUCCAGUAGCUUAGGGCAAACGCUCGUUAGGGCCUGAAUGGGUUCACCUUACGGCAGAGAAACUGCCAAAAGGUGUGUACCACAACCGCCCAGGCCCGGAUGCAGUCAUAACCCUACCAGGACCAGAGGUGGUGGCACAGCUGAGACAGGAUCAUAAGUUCAAGCCAGCCUGGGCAAUUUGGUGAGACCUUGUGUGGUAGUUUGAAUAAGCUUGGCUCAGGGAGUGGCACAGUUAGGAGGUGUGGCCUUGUUGGGGUAGGUGUGGCCUUGUUGGAGGAAGUGUGUCACUGUGGGGGUGGGCUUUGAGACCCUACUCCUAGCUGCUUGAAAACAGUCUGCUCCUGGCUUUCUUUGGAUGAAGAUGUAGAACUCUCAGCUCCUCCAGCGCCAUGCCUGCCUGGACACUGCCAUGCUUCCUGCCUUGAUGAUAAUGGACUGAACCUCAGAACCUGUAAGACAACCUCAAUUAAAUGUUGUCCUUUAUAAGAGUUCCUGGUCAUGGUGUCUCUUCAUGGCAGUAAAACCCUCAGACAGAAGUUGGCACCAGGGACCAUUGCUGUGAUAGGCCCGACCACGGUUUUGUUUGGAGAAAUAAGGAUUUUGGUUUGGGAAAUAGUGGAAUGCUUAAAGCAGGGUUUAAUGGACCAUCCUCGGAGAAAUAUGGAAGAUGUUGGUGCUGAGAAUGAUUUAACUGUGCAGACCUGGCCCGAUAGAUUUUAGUGGAGAAGAAUGUUAGUAUGUGGCUGAGAAAUUGUUUUUGAGAUAUUUUGAUAAAGAAUGUGGCAGUUCUUGCCAUUGUCUGAAGAGUCUGCCUGAGGCUGAGGUGAAGAGGUUUUAAAUAAUUGCAUUGACGAUGAAAGUCUCAAAACAGCCUGGUAUAAAAUCUGUUUCAUGGUUACUAAUGUUCACUCUUUUUUUGUUGUUUUUCUUUUUCUUUUUCCUCUUUCUUUUCUCUUUUGGUUUUUCGAGACAGGGUUUCUCUGUGUAGCCCUGGCUGUCCUGAACUCUGUAGACCAGACUGGCCUCGAACUCAGAAAUCCGCCUGCCUCUGCCUCCCGAGUGCUGGGAUUAAAGGUGUGUGCCCCCCCCUGCCCAGCCCAGGAUUCAGUUCUAUUUCACUUCCUGCUGCAUCUUUAUUACUUGAACGAUACAUUUUGUAUUUUUCCUUUCUCAGCUUGCUCCUUUUCAUUAAGACACUCUUCAUAACAGCAAACCCGGGUCGUGUUAGGUGCUAUUACCUGGAUUGUUUUCACUUGGACUUUUAAUCUGGAAUUACCUGGAUUGUUUUCAUUUGGACUUUUAAUCUGGAAUUACCUGGAUUGUUUUCACUUGGACUUUUAAUCUGGAAUUACCUGGAUUGUUUUCACUUGGACUUUUAAUCUGGAAUUACCUGGAUUGUUUUCACUUGGACUUUUAAUCUGGAAUUACCUGGAUUGUUUUCAUUUGGACUUUUAAUCUGGAAUGAGCUACAAUCCAGAACAGAGGGCGCAGCUGUGAUCCAGAUCUUGAGACCAGAAGACGCAGGGAUUUUGAUCUGGAACUUGAGGCACAGUGGCCAUGAAAAGUGUAGUAUUGAUAAUUUAAUAAAUCCUGGUGCAGGGUUGCUACCUGC